AUGCAGAUGAACAACCCUAACAUGCAGCACAAUGGCAUGGCCCGCCAGGGUCCAGCCAAUGCUGCAAACUACAACCACUUCGUCAAUCAUUAUCGCGCCCAGCAGCAGCAGGGCAAGAUUCCUCAGGGAUGGCAACAGUCUAUAGCACCAGAAGAACGCGGCCAGCUUGCUUUUCAGUUCUUCACCCAGUUCCGCCUCCUUAAGCCGGAGACACCGGAACUGGAAGCCAUGCGCACCUCCCUUCAGUUUGAGAGCCAAAUGUUCAUCCAAGCCCAGACAAAGGACCAGUAUGUCGCGAACAUCAAACAGAAACUGGUGCAAAUGACUGCGGCACGGCAACAACAGUCACAACGCAUGCAGACCAAUAUUGGAAACAUGAACAUGCCCAUGAACGGGAUGAAUCCAGGUCAGAUGAACAUGAUGGGUCAGGCUGGUCCCCAAGGCCCUCGGCAAGGCACACCGCAGCAGUUCACCCCAGGCUUUCCCAACGCUCAGCUCCAACGACCCAUGCAGAUAUCACCAGUUCCCAUGCAACAAGGAGGGUCCUCGAUGGGCAUGAACGUCGGCACACCCAACCUCAACCAAGGUCAACAAAACCAACAACCGAACAUGCAACAGCCGCAACAACCGCCCCAGCAAGCAGAAGGUGCUUUCGUCAAUCAAGGUGCAUUCAUCAAUCAACUGGCUAAGAAACUUAUGGACAGCUGUGGGCCUGAGGUUCGCGCAAAAUUUCAAGCAGAAGUCAAUACAUGGCCCGACGCCAAGAAGCAGCAGGCCCUUGCACAGGGGAUCGAUCCUUUAUACUUUCGCUUCCGACAGCACGCCGAAAUGCUAUACAGAAGUGGCAAGUUUUCAAAUAAGCAAGGUGCAAACCAGAUGGGCGGGCAGCAGGGUGGUCAACCCAACCAGAUGCAGGGUCAGCAGGCCAAUAUGGCCCAACGACAGUCAGAUCCUACGUUCGAUUUCAAUGCGAUUACGAACCAGCAACUGGGAGCUGUGAGGUUGCAGGACUCCGGUGCAGAGGUCGUUCCAGCGAGCAACAACAACAGUGCUCAAAUGGCUGCUUUUGGACAAGGAGGCCAACCACAGAAUGCGGCCAUGGCACAACGACAAGCAGCUCAGGCUGCAUUCCAACAAAGCCUCCAGCGCCAGGCCAACGCUUCACAGAUUCAGGUAGCCCAGGCACAGGUACAGGCGCAACAACAAGCUCAAGCCCAAGCGCGCGCACAGAUCGACCAACAGCAGAGGGUCCAACAGGCUGCGAUGCAGGCAAGGAAUCAAAACCAACUACUCCAAGGACAGAUUGGUGGUCUCAACCUCCCACCAGGAUCUCAGCAAAGCCCAGCCAUGCCAUUGCUCACAAGACCAAUGAACCCACCUGGUCAACAAGGACCGCCUACCACCCCUCAGCAGCGCCCACAAGCGCAUGUUCCGCAGAUGACACCUCAACCAGGUCAAGGUCAGAACGAACAAGUGUCUGCAUUGCUGCGCGAGGCACAACAGAGGUCCGCCGCCGCCGCCGCUUUGGGACAGUCUACUGGACCUCUCACAGAUCAAGCGCGAUUGAGCAUGAUGCCAGCGGAUCUUGAACCACACGCAAAACAACAACUGCUCAAGGUGCCAGAGCAGAAUUUCCGCCAAAUCCUCGCCAACUAUAUGACCACCCAACGGCGACAGCAAGCGAUGCAGAACGGAUUAUUGGUUGGCGGGCCCGGAACUCCAGGACAACGCAACAUGCUCCCCUUCAAUCAGCAACAAGGCAUGCAGCCUGGUAUGGCUGGUCAAAUGAUGGGAGGGCCGAACAUGGCCAAUAUGGCUAACAUGGCUAACAUGGCCAAUAUGGCCAACAUGGCUAACAUGGCUAACAUGGCUCGUCCUGGCAUGAGUCUUGGGCAACAGACGCCUGGUGCUAUUGGUGGACAACCCCAACAGAUGCCACAGCGUGGCAUGCUGACACCACAACGCAUCGUGGCCGCACAGAAUUUGCUUCAAUCAAAUCCUGGAAUCAUCGCAAGCACUGAUGGUAGACCCUUUCCUCCAGAAGUAGUCGGCCCACAGGUUCGACAAAAUCUACCUCCGGACGUGAAGAGCUGGGGACAACUUAAGCAGUGGGCUCAGCAAAACCCUGCCAUACUGCCUCCUACAGAAACACAAAAGCUGAUUAUGCUUCAAGUAAUACACUUUCAGAAUAUGUUACAGCAACAGCAGCGACAGCAACAGAUGCCUGGCACUGUUCCUCAGCCAAACAACGCUGCGGGAAUGGCACCGCCUGCACCAAUGACGCCGGGCCAGGGGCAGGGAAGGGUACCGCAACAGCCGUUGAACAUGGCGAACUUGCCUCCGAUCAAUGUCACACCGCAAGAGCUGCAGAUAUUCCGACAGAAGAUCCAGGGACAAAAUCCCCAGAUGAGCUUGAAUAUGACAGACGAUCAAUUGCGUCAACAUAUCAUGACGCAAAAGAUGAAGGGCAGGCAACAGCAGCAGCAGCAGCAGCAGCAAC